UUCAUCUCCCUCUUAGGGUUUCAUUCUAUGUAGAAUCAUACACAAAAAAUUUCAACUCUAAGAGACCUACAACUUUUCACUCUUGAGCUUCUAGGGUUUGUUUGAUGAUCAUCCCAUCUUCCUUUGCAAUUUCAAUCAGGCGAUUAACACUAUGGAAGGAAGUGGUGUGACAGAAUGUUCUAGAACAAGCCCUUCUUCCGAGGAAAACGCCGACGAAGAGGAGGUGGAAACUCAUGAAGAGACAGAGAAGAAGCCGCCGAUUAUUAGGCCUUACAACCGAUCAAAGACGCCGCGGCUGCGCUGGACUCCCGAUCUUCAUCGCCGCUUUGUUCAAGCUGUUGAAAGACUUGGAGGACUAGAGAGAGCUACACCAAAAUUAGUGCUUCAGUUAAUGAAUAUGAGAGGGCUAAAUAUUGCUCAUGUCAAGAGCCAUUUACAGAUGUACAGAAGCAAGCAGAUGGAUGAGCACAAUUAUCAAGGGAUGUCUGGUAAUGGCUUCUUUAUAGGAGCAGUGGAACACCAGAAUCUGUUCAAUCUAAGACAGCUCCCACUUCUUCCUAGUUUUCACCAAAGACAUUCCCACUUUAGCCAAAACCACAGGUCACCAAUUUAUCAAGAUUUUCGCCCUAGGCUAAAAGAAGCCGAUAUGAUGAAAAAUGAAUUUGGGGUAUUGCAUAAACAAAACUAUUGUAAUUAUGAUGAUCAUGUUUAUUUCAUGACAUCUUCAAAAGGAGAGAGUGGUGGGAUCAAAAGGAAGGCCUCAAUGGUGGAGCUAGAUUUGAGUCUAUCCCUUGGCCAAGAAUCAAGAAUUGAUGUGAAGAAAAGUAGUGUUUCUUCUGUGUUGAUUUAUAAGAAGAUGAAUGCAAGAGGAGAGAGUACUCUUGAUCUGACUCUAUGAAUUGAAUUUAGGCAAUUCUAAGUGAGAUUUUGAGGUACUUAUUUCUAUGUUUUCACAAUGUAAUUUGUCAUUGUCAUGUAGUAAGUACCACAUAAGGCAAAUAAGAGUUUUUUGUGGCUUCAUUAAUUUGGAAUAGGAUGGCCUUUGUUGUACUCUUAUUUUUUUGGGAUACUGAAAAGAUAUAGAUAUGUCGUUGGCUUAAUCGUGCUAUGAUUCAUUUCAAAUUUUCAA